AUGAGUUCUCAGGUCAGACAGAACUUCAAACCAGGUCUGGAGGCAGCCAUUAACAGACAGAUAAACCUGGAGUUGUAUGCCUCUUACGUUUAUCUCUCUAUGGAUUACUACUUUGAUAGGGAUGAUAAAUCCCUGCCAAAGUUCUUUCACACACAGUCCAAAGAGGAGCGUGAGCAUGCAGAGAAGCUGCUGAGUCUGCAGAACAAGAGAGGGGGCAGGAUUUUUCUGCAGGACAUCAAGAAACCUGAUAGAGAUGAGUGGGGGAGCGGCCUGGAGGUUUUGGAGUGUGCCCUGCAGCUAGAGAAAAGUGUAAACCAAUCUCUGCUGGACCUGCAGAAAAUGGUGACUGAACACAACAAUCCUCAUAUGUGUGACUUCAUAGAAACACAUUUUCUGGAUGAGCAGGUGAAAUCUAUCAAACAGCUCGCUGGAUCUCAAACCUGUGCCGCAUGGGAGCCCCUCAUAAUGUGGCAUGGCCGAGUACCUCUUUGA